CAUGUCAGUGUCAGUUCCGUACAUUAAUUGUUUUUGGAUUUCUCCUACCGAAUUUAACUAGUUUCAAUGUCUUUUCCAAUUAGAAACCUAUCAAGAAAAGCGAAUCAAUGUUACAAAACCUACAAAGAUAUGACUAAAACCAGUUAUCGGAAACUGCAGAUGUGCGGUACGGAGGAAGAAAUGCGCGACGUGGCGGCGACGAUUUGCAGGAACUACCUGCAUGGAGCCUGGAAGACGGUGGAACCCUCGGAGCUGGACUUUAAGAGGAUCAGUGGCGGGCUGUCAAACUUCCUUUACUACGUGGCGCUGCCGGAUGACAUGUCCAAGGCCAAGCUCCGCGAGUCCAUGUCAGUGGAAGACACCAGCUACAUGGGCGGCGUCAUGAGCAGGUCGUUCUCUGGCGAGGAGCCUAAAAAGGUUUUGCUCAGGAUAUACGGACAGGUGCACGGGCAGCGGGCUAUGGACGCCAUCGUGACAGAAUCUGUCAUUUUCACACUGCUGUCAGAGAGGCGGCUGGGGCCCAAACUGUGGGGCGUGUUCUCUGGGGGAAGGAUAGAGGAAUACAUUCCUGCCCGAUCCCUUCUCACAAAAGAGCUUUCCGAACCGGCGUUAUCCAUGAAGAUUGCUGAAAAAAUGGCUGCGAUACAUUCCAUGGACAUUCCAUUGUCGAAGGAACCCAACUGGCUGUGGAAGACCAUGGGCAAGUGGAUAAAGACUGCUAAAGAAGAGAGACUCACGGGGAACGGCAAGAACGAAGAGGAAAACAACAUCAUUAAGCGGCUAAGAGCUGUGGAUUUUGAGAAAGAGGUGGAAUGGCUAAAGAAGUUUUUGUCGACAGUGGAUUCUCCCGUAGUCUUCUGCCACAACGAUUUGCAGGAGGGUAACAUUCUAUUGCUAGAAGACGUUCACACAGACGAAGAACCAACAUACAGACUACACUCAUACCAAGAAGACAGUCCCAGAAAAUCCUUCGACCCCCUCUCGCAGUACGAAGACGCGAACACAGUCGACUCCGAAUCCAGCCACAUUUCCGACUCAGGGGAACCGAAACUCGUACUGAUAGAUUUCGAGUACUGCGCAUAUAACCACAGGGGGUUCGACAUAGCCAACCAUUUCCAAGAGUGGGGUUAUGACUAUACGAACCCUGAGCAUCCUUAUUAUUAUGAGAAUCAGGAGAAUCAUCCGAAUUUGGAACAAAAGGAAAUAUUCAUCCGUGAAUACCUAAAGCACUACAACUACUACGCGAACGACGCGAAGGACGCAACGCCAUCUAUCGACGAUGUGAAUCAUCUGCUCAACGAAGUGGAUGCGUUCACGAUCGCGACGCAUCUCUUAUGGUGUCUAUGGUCCAUAGUCAACGCCAGUAAAAGCCAGAUCCCCUUCGGUUAUUGGGAAUUCGCCAUGACACGGCUCGAAUCGUACAUCCGGAUGAAACAGGAAGUGAAGAAAGAUAAAUUCGGACCACAGAAGAGAAAGAUCUGCGAGGUCGACAUAUGAGUGCAGUGCGAUACGCUUUCGGUAGAAUCCUUGGACGUUUGAUACUUAAAUAUGUAUAUAAUGUUCCAAUACCAGUAAGGCGACAAAAAAAUAUACCAAACUGUCCCCAUCUUUGCAUCAUAAAGGUCUCCAAUACUUGUCAUGAUUAAAUAAAAUAAGGGUUCCGUUUUUUCCCUUUGAGGUACGGAACCCUAAAAAAUCUUUGGAAACACGUUGGUAUAUUUUUUGAAAUCGACUGUUAUUUAUGAUUGGGUAUGUUACUAUAGGUGAAGAUAAAGCACAUUUGGAACGGUACCGACCGAACGCAUACAAACAUUCAGAGCGGUACUGACCUAACUCAAAAAAUCACCCUCAGAACGGUUCUGACCUAACUCAAAAAUCACCCUGAGAACGGUACCGAUCUAACUCAAAAAAUCGUGAAUUCAAGUUGAAAAACAUGGCACACUCGUUAAAUCGCCGUCUCCAAUUCUUGGGAUUAGGUUUCCCGGAGCGUAUUCCGAACACUUAGGAUGCAGCCGGAAAGGCGCUAAGAUGACGAAGGGGCUUCCGGUUGCAAGCUGUUUCUUCUUUCAUUUAAAUUAAUUAUUUUAGCGUAAGCGUUGGUAUUUUUAAUGCUCAACUUUUAUCAAAAUGGUCUAACUUUAAUUUAAAAAAAAAUCGGAUCGAAAAUUGCUCUCGAAGUUAUUCGUAAACGUGCUACAAGCCUCAUUUACCUAUUAAUCUUUUGUCUUAAUCUGUCAUUCUGACAUAUGUAUUCGUAAGAAAGGGAUAAAACACAAAUUAACUAAUCGAGACUUUGUACAGUUAGGGGGGGUUUAUCUUCCAAACCUCAAGUAGCUUGCUAAAAAUAAACUAAAAUAAUGAAAAAAGGACCUAAUUCAUAAUUAGUCCAACUGUAAUAAAAAAUAGAUGCAAUAGUGACUACCAAUUUUAAGUAAUAUUUUAUACUAUUAUUUAUAAAAAUAAAGUAUUUUUUUUAUUGUUUGAGAGAUCAAUAGUUAGGUAGUAAUUAUUUUCCAGUAUUUACAUGGCCAUUAACUUAAUUAUUUAAUUACUCUAGGAGAUAUAAUGAAAGAAACGUUACAAUGACUCUACUUCUAAUGUUAUAUUGCGGUUCCCUAAAAAGCUGCAAUUUUGUAUCAAGUGGAGUCCAGGCGGGAUGAUCAAAUCGACCGAUUUGAUCAGAAAUUAAAUUGGCGUCAAUCUCCAAUUUAAUCAUAAUCACCUAUUUUUGAUUUAUGGUGAUAUUUGAGCGUUCUAAAUUAAAAAAAAUCCCCCAAACGAAAAUACUAGCGUAACAAAUUCGUAUUCUUGCGUCACACCUCCAUUUUAUCGGUAUUAUCGGCCAUAAUCGGCGAGCCAAAUUGGCGUUUGCGUCCGCACGGCCUGAUUUGAUAGGACAACUUAAUCAGAUUAGCAAAAAGUUGUUCCGUCUGGACUGGGCUUUAGGUCGGUAUCGUUCUGGGUCAAUAUUAAAGAGAAUUAUCAAUAUGUGGUGCAAUAUGUCAACCAAAGCACAUAAAACUAUAGAAGGGACGUAAUUUUAUCUUAAUAAAUAUUUAAUACAAAUUACGUUUUUCAAAUCUACCAGUUCCAUCCAUUUUCUUUGGAGCUUAGAUCUCUGGUUUCAAAAUCGGCUUCCGCAACGCCAUCUAUUGAACGGAAGUAGUUAUUUUGUCCAGAGGUUAAGUUCUAAAUAUUACGGCUAGCCUAGUUGGAAGUGAGGGUCAAGUCACUUAGUUCACUUGCACGUGCUUAGACCUCUUGAGAAAAUAACUCAACUUUCGGUCAUUAGAUGGCGCUGUAUUAAUAUAAAGUUGCGUUCCACUAAUGUGGAACGCAACUUUGUAUAGACACAGUCACACACAUAUAAUAGACACAGACACAGUCGUCUUGUGUUACUCGUCUAUGGUUUAAUGCGAUAAAUAAAUAAAUAAAAUCACUUUAAUUCAGGCAAAGGUCCAUAGAAUAAUAAAAAUAGGAUAAACGCAGCGUUGAGCGCAUGCGAUCAACGGAAUGAAGGAAAAAUGUCAUUUUACAUUAGACAAUCUAAUAAAUGAUAAAUAAAUAAAAUAAAAAUCAUCUAUUUCGGACCACAGAAAUCCAUAACAGGUUAGUCGAACAUGCGGGAACUUAAAACUAUGUUAGAUACAAUUAAUUCAUAUCAUAAUCAAAUCUAAUGACAUUAUAUUGUUUUACGCGUUAAGCGCAUUGUCAACAAAUAAUAUGCGCUGUGUUUAUCGCAUAAAACAACAGCGCGGAUUUGAAAAAGUUUCAGAAUUUUUCUAUUGGUAUUUUAUCGUUAUUUAUAUCCAAGGUUUUAAGGACUAGCGUAUGUACAUAGGCCUUUGGUAAAAGACUAAAAGUUUGGUAAAUAGUGAAACUGGGAGUUUUUGUAUAUGUGAAAAGUCGAGUGAAAAUGAAAUUGCUAAUUUGGUUAGAAUUUUUAGGUUAGAUUUAUAUCACGCUUUUUAAUAAAACAUUCUUAUAUAAUCUGUUGGAGAACGUUUAAAUGUAUUAAUCAUUUCAUCACUUGUACUCCUCCAUUUAAAAUAAUAAAUCAAGUAUUAUUUCGAAUAUCUGAUAAUUAUAAUUAAAAAAUAGCAAAUUAGAUUUAAGUGUGCACAAACCAUACGAAUGUUACUACUCGUUUUAUAGGUUUUUAUGUACCAUGGACAUAACCAUAUGUUGUGUAAAUUAAAAUAUGUAAGAUUUGUCAAUGUUUUACUGAAAUAUGUAAAUAUCAUAAAGUCAUUGUUAGUUACAUUUAAAUUUAUCAGUUUCAACAUUGAUGUUAUCUGUGCGUCAAAAACAACGUUUUAGUUUUGCAUGUUUGUAUCAGGCAUAUAUGUACAAUAUUUCAUUACCUAAAUUUCAGAUACAAAAUCAUACUUCUUUCUUAAACAUUAUUUUAUUUGUGUAUUAUAAUAAUCUUGUUUUGCACUAGAUUUUUGCGUAUAGGAAGGUUAACUAUUGAAAUAUUUCUUUUUAGGUGAAAUUGUCCAAUAAAAGUCUGGUCCAUUUGUAGAAAAAACUUAGUUCCUUCUAUCGUAGUAGGAAUCAUGUGUUUUAAUAUUUUCACUAUUUUCCAUGCAAUAAAGUGAUUCUGAACCUAGUUCCAUUUUUUGUCUGUAAAAUAAGUAAUGUGAUCUUAGUACUUAAGUAUUAAGUUAGUACUAAAACGCUUGCAAAAAUCGCGUUUUAGAAAAAAAAGGACACAGUACAAAGAUUUUGUAACUUUUCCUAACUUGUAUAAAAAAAUAUCAUAAUCAUAGGGGACAUUUUCUAUGAAAAGGGAACUUAUUGUCGAUGGCGCUUACGCCGCACAGCGUCGCGCGGCAUUGUAUUUAUAUCGGAGUAUCGUUAAUAAUGGCGUAAGCGCCAUCGACAAUAAGGUCCCUUUUUAUAGAGAAUACCACAUAUUGUUUGUCGGAACCUUGUUAACCAUACCUUGUUAACCUUAGGUUAGUAAAGUCGAUAUUAAAAUAUUUGUUCGUAUACCUGUCACGACGAAUGAUAGGCCACUAUGGCCUUCAAGUAUCUUUUGGUCGGGCUUAAUUCAAAACAAAAUAUGUUUUGUAUGUUUUUACAAGCUUUUAUUUAACUUGCAAUGUACGGGCACAGAUUAUAUAAUACUAUACUAGGUACGGGUCAAAUCUUCCAAGUUAAAUUUGACCCACUUUCCGGUUUCCGAUGAAGCUGAAAAUUUGCAUAUACAAUGUCGGGUGACAAUGCAAUAUUAUGGUACCAUCGAGCUGAUCUGAUGAUGGAGACAGGAGGUGGCCAUAGGAACUCUGUGAUAAACAACGCGACCUAAUUGUGUUUGGGGUUUUUAGAAUUGUCUCAAUAAGUAUUAGUUGCCUGUGUUAAGAAAAGUACAGCCAAGUACCAAAACUAAAAUUUUUGCCAAAACUUAUUACAAUUAUAGGUGUUAUGGCAUACGCUGUCAAACUAACCUUCACACUUUCAAGUAAGGUUUACAUUAGUUCGCUUGCGUCCGUGACCAGUCUAUCCAGUCAGUGACGUUUUUGUUUAUGAGAUAAAGCGUUCAAAAGUUCAUACGCUAGAAACAUGACUAAAAAAAGAUUUUACAUCUCGAUAUAAAACUGAACUGUCAUGGGACCAUCAUUAGGCGCGAGAGCAGGCGUGGCUCACUCCGCGAUUUCGUCGCGUCGCUACAAGUACAUGCGGCCCACACCAAUUUUGGUGUUUAGCCAUAGUAGUUGCCGCGCACCGCUACGGAACGGACGCAUGCUCGCGCUUGCGCCACCUAGCGGUCAUAUCUGUCGUAAUAGACGCGUUUUGUUAGAGAGUGAACCUUCUGUACCUAGUACUAUUAUUUAUUCUGUGGCGAGCAGUCCACUAUUUAGCUAGUUUCCUUGGCAUUUUUCUCAAAUUUACAACAAUUGUGUCUGUUUUGCGUGAAAAACAAGCGUUACUUAAACCACCCCAGCUCCUGCACCAAGAAAAGUUUUCAGAGGCUAUUUUUUUUUUAUAUUUACAAAAAUGUUUGUAGGUAUAGCCUCGAUAGCCAAUCGGUAGCGGUUUUUGCAAUGUACAUUAUAGCAUUGUUUACACUACAUAUACACGAUGAGGAAACCGAAUAAUUUUAACAGCGUAUUCCUGAUCAUAGGUAUUUAAAGACUAAAAUGUCCUAUAAACUUUUCUGUAAUUUGCCUAGUUUCAGUUAAUACCAAUUAAAAAAAAAAAAGUUUAUUGUUUCAUAGUGCAAAACGCAUUUUUGAUGUCGAUGUUGCCACUGUGGGACGUAGUCUAAGUAACCUUACUGAUAGAUGUCAAAAAGUGACAAGUAACACUUUGUAAAAACUACGUUUUACGAAAAAAAAAGUAAAAGUCCAUUUUAAGUGACAAGUUUACCAAUAAUAUUUACUUAUUAUGUACAAAUACAUCUUAAAAAUUGAAAAAAAAAAAAGUAUUUUUUUUCUAAUUUGACCUACACUUAUUAUUUUUUUUCCUUCUUUUGGCCUCAGAAAAGCGUGGUUAAAAUCUUUCGGUUUCCUCGUGAACACCUUGUUUGUAUACAUGCAUAGGUACUAUGGUACAUCAUUGUGAUUAUGUCACACAUAUCUUAAAAGGGCACUUUAAUACCUUUAAAAUUACUAGCAUAAAAAAUGAGUGCCUUGGUGUUGCUAUAAAAAAGCUUAAUGUUAUACUAGAUUUUGUUUGAUUUUUGUUCUCAUAUCUUACUCCACUAUUCACGAAACUCGUGGUAAAAUAGUUAUUUGUGCAACAAGAGAGGAAAGUUGGUUUUUAUUGCGAGUGUUUAUUUUGAGUCCCGAGAAAGCGAAAGACUCAAAAACACGAGAUGUAAAAUAACUUUGCUCUCGUGUUGCACACAUAAUUUUUCACCGCAGUAGUGAGAACAUAUUAAAGGUUAAAAUGUAUUUCGAAUUACACAGAAUAAACAGAAAAAAAAAGUAUUAUAAUAUGUACGAUACGAUAAGAUACGAUACGAUACGAUACGAGACGAAACCGGACCGGACCGGACCGGACCGUACCGUACCGUACCGUACCGUACCAUAAAAAAAAUGUAAUAAAAGGCUACUUAUAAAUUAAAAAGCUACUUUGUUUCACUCCCUGGAGUGAGGAAAGUCGCACUUUCCUCACUCCAGGGAGUGACGAAAAUAAGCUUGUUCGAGCUGCUGAGGUGAAAAUAUGAUUUUCUCACCUAAACCUCAUCUAGUAUGAUAUAAGUAUUUUUACGCAUUGGUUUACAUUUUUGGAUCAUUCAAAUAAAUAUUCUUAACUCAUGAAAUAUCUAGGCACUAAUACAAAACAUGGUAAUUGCUAAUUAAGCCAAAAAUAAUAUCAAAGCAUAGCGAAGACUGUCCUAACUCCUAAUGUCCAUCCGAGCUAUUUGAGUUAGCAGAAAUAGGAUGCAAGCAAAUAAUUUGGUAGUUUACCCUACAAAUAGCACGAGUUUAAUAUAUACCCAGAACCAUACAUUUUCUUUACAAAUUAGAACCAAUUUUCCAUUUUUAUCUUAUAUCGGCAUCAGAAAUUACCCGGAUUAAGAGCUCAAAAUGAUCUCAUUAUGAGAAAAAAUUCUUACAUGUAGAUAUCACAUGUUAGCUUUAUUUUUAAAGCAUUUAGAAAUUACCGAAAAUGUUUAAAUUAAACAACAUGCAUACUGUAUAAGGCAGCUUAUGUAAGGAUUGAAAAAAGAAAGUAAAAUGUACAGUCGCCAUCAGAUAUAUCGGAGCGGCCGAGGUGCUCAAAAAUAUCUGAACACGCACCUAGCGCCUUGACAAUGAGGGCUAACGCGUAUUAAUUCGCCGCUAGGGGCGCUAGUGUAGAUGGUGGUCUUUUCCAUAGUUCGAAAUGUCAAAUGUCACUUGUCACUUCAAUGACUGACAGCUGUUCUUUAGUCUUUUGGACCACCAUCAGGACUUCCGCUUCGAGCGCCAUCUUGAUAGUUAGCAUCGUGAUUAAUUACUUUGUUUUUUGCUUAUUAAUAUUGUUUAAAGUGUAAUAUCGAUAGCUUAUUAUACAGUAAACUAAUGUGGUAGUGUGCAGUGAAUGGAGAAUUAAUUUUGAAGCGCGUUUAACCACCAUCUUGGAGUCAACGGCCGGUAGUCCACGUGCUUCUUGUAAAGACUAGCUAUCGAUUUACAAGAGCUAACAAAUCACCGUACACUGUCUUGUACAACCGUACAAUUUUUGUCGUUUGUAAACCUCUCAAUACCUUGAUACUGGCGAAAUAGUCCCACUGGGCUGAAGCCAUAAUUUUAAAAGAAGAAGAAGGACCACCAUCAACAGAGGCGCCAACUGGUGAGCAAAAAAACGAUAGCCCUCAUAGAGGCGUGUUCAGAUAUUUGUGAGCACCUUGGCCGCUCAUAUAUAUCUGAUGGCGACUGUACCUACAAACGCAAGGCAAGGUAACGCAAUAUGACCAUUUAUUUUGUAAAAAAAAAAUGAAAAUUAUAAUUUUAUAUGAAACAUAUUGCUAUGGUUUCUAAACCCAGUGAUAUUCGGUUUUCUGUUUAAUUUUAAUUUUCAUUGACAAAAAAUCGACUGUAUUUAUAUUAUAAAGUACUUAAGUUUUGUGAUAUAAAUAUAAAUAGUAGUAUAGGAAAUUGUAAUCUUAGCUAUUGAGAAAUUAUUAAAUAAAUAUUAUUUAAAACA